GAGCAUUGAGAAUUGGCUAUUGAUGAAGAGACAGAAGACAUGAGUCAAUACAAAAUUACUGAUUUCUUCAUGCUUUCUAAGGAGAAAAGAUCCUCUGAAAAAAUGAAAAAGAGAAAAUUAACUAGAAAUGCCGAUACAAAGCCUGGAGAAGAAAGUAAGGAGGCUUCAGUGCUCCAAGCUAGGAAAUUAACCAAUGAUAUUGAUGUAUGAGACCCUAUCUACAUCACUGCGCCUGUCCAGGGGGCUCAAAAUAGCCUGAUUUUUAGUGAUGAUAUUCUUGAAAUAAUCUAUUCGUAUCUCCGGAUCUCAGAUGUUCACUUACUUUCCUUAGUGAAUACCCAUUAUUCUUCCUGAGCCAAGAGAUAUUUCAGCUCAAACAUUAUACUAAAAUUAAUAAAGAGCAACUCUUCUGACUUCACCUACCUGAUUGAGAACCCUCAAAUCGUGAGGAAGCACCAGUCAAUAAUGCACAUCAAGGAUAUCAUCAGAAGAGAUUUUGGAAAUAAGAUAGACGCUUUUCUCAAGAGAGUAUGAGUCUCUGCUGAGAUAGGCGACUCUCUCAACACUCUUUGCAGCAAAACCUUCAAAAUCAGGAAGAGAAAGGGAUACCUGUUCAAGUCAUUUAAGAUAAAGCCAUUAAAAGAGAACAAUAAUUUCUUCAGUGUAUUCUCCUUUGAAAAGCUGAUCCAGAGCUCCUUCCUUAGUCUCACAGAGUUAUGCAUCAGAGAAUGCAUUCGUUUUCCAAUUGCAAGCGAAAGUGAUUUAAUAAUUUCUAACGGAACACCACAUUCUCAAAAGCAAGGAGAGUUGAUGCUUUUCAGCAAAUUAUGCAAUCUGAAGGUGCUGGACAUCUCUGACAACAAAUCCGUUAAUGACCAAACAAUUGCGCAUAUAUGUUGUUCAUGCCCACAAUUAGAGAGUAUAAACAUCUCUUCAUGUAACUCUGUGACUGAAAAAUCGAUCAUAAUGAUCUCAAAAAGGCUUCACCAACUCGAGCAGAUUGAUUUCUCAUAUUGUUACAACAUCAGGCCUGGAAGUGUGACCUACCUGUUUGCGAACAGAAAGACGAACAAAAUCGAUACAAUAAUUGCCAACCAGAUUGCGUUUAAUUCAAUUGAUUUCAGAGAUAUCAAUCCUAAUUUAAAGGUCCUCUCAGUAAACGGCUGUGAAUUUUUGGAUGAUAGUUUUCUCUCAUUAAUCAGCAAAUCUCAACUCAGAGAGCUAGAUAUUAGAAAAGGUAUAAAUGGGAUGAGCCAGUCCUCGUACUCAUACUCUUGUCAAGGUAUUCUCAAACUACUUGAAAGAUUACAGAAAACUCUUAAAGUAUUCUACAUGGACUAUGUCUACAACAUUGCAUUUAAAAAUAAUGCAGAAUUUUUGAAAUACAUGAGCUUCCUCAGAGUUGCACCUGAGGAGGAAGAUUUUGAAUAAAUUAAAUAAUUCAUUCCCUUA